CAUACAUAUGUACAUAUAUACGUACAACAUUUCGUAAUUUAGUACUUGUACAACCCUCUUAAAAUAAAAAACACAUCUCCAGAACAAAGUCGCCAAUGAGCCCUUGAGCCCUUGAGCACUCGAGCCCUCGAAGCUCACACCUAGCAUCCUAGCGCCGUAAUACUAAGCCCUCUCACUCAUCCGAGCUUAACAAUCCAGCAAGCCGACAAGCCAACUCGGCAAACCUUGAUAACCUUUUUCGAGGUCGAGACCAAGAUCCAAGAUCCAAGAUGCAGCAACAUCCAAACUACGGCCAUUCUCCGCCGCUUCACCAUCCCGUACCUCAACACGUCUCUACCGUUCCACAGUUACGAUCACCGCCGCCUCUAACGUCGUCGCAACCCCAACAACAGGGCGCAUAUGGAAAUCCUUACCAGCAGGGAACGCCCACCGCUGGUAGCAAUGUCUUUGGCACAUAUGGCAACUUCAUGAAUGAUCCUAUGGCCGCUCAGUUCGUAGGAACAGUCGGCCAAAAUGCUUUCAAGCACGUCGAGCAGAAUAUGAACCGAUGGGUCAACUUCUCCGCUCUCAAGCAUUACUUUAACGUUUCCAACAAAUAUGUCAUCAACAAGCUCUUCUUAGUGCUCUUCCCUUGGCGCCACAAGCCUUGGUCGCGAAGGCAAGCCGUAGGACCCAACGGACAGGAGGGCUGGUACUUACCACCGCGCGACGAUAUCAACAGCCCCGACAUGUACAUUCCAGUCAUGGCACUUGUUACAUAUAUAUUAUUAUCAACACUGAUAGCAGGUUUACGGGGUCAGUUCCAGCCCGAGUUGCUAGGAUAUACAGCUUCUACCGCGGGAGUCGUCGUCAUACUUGAGAUAUUGCUCCUGAAAUUAGGGUGCUACUUUCUAAGUAUUUCGAACGAGUCUCAGCUCCUAGACCUUGUAGCCUACUCAGGCUACAAGUUCGUCGGUAUCAUUGUAACAGUCACCAUCGCCGAGCUCAUGAAUGGGGGCAAGGGAACUGGCGGUUGGAUCGGGUGGGCAGUCUUCUUUUACACAUUUCUAGCAAAUUCCCUAUUUUUGAUGCGGUCGCUACGAUAUGUUCUACUACCAGAGAGCUCUGGAGGGGAUGCACGAGGUCCGAUGCAAACAGACACACGGACAAAGCGAAACCAGCGGACACAAUUUUUGUUCGCUUACUCGUAUCUUGUACAGUUUCUAUUUAUGUGGAUUCUUAGCAGGGCGUAGAUACGCCCGUCACGUUCUGAUAACAGCUCUCCCAGAUUCGUGAUGAGCGCUUCCAAAAGACUAACAAACCUAGCAUUUCUCAUACUUGAAGAUAUUGUUGUAUAGAAGCAACAAAUCUUGGCUCUUAUAGGCUUCGCUCCAAUUAAAGAAUACGGUAGUGAAGUAAGAUCAAGGCUAUAUACCACCCUUCGAAACAAAAUAAAAUAAUUCUUCAAAGGUGCUAUUGAA